AUGGCAUCAGUUAAGGUUGAUUUUGAGGUUGGAAAUGAUGGGGUUGCUGUUAUCACCAUGUGUAAUCCACCUGUUAAUGCUUUAGCUCUUCCAAUUAUUAGGGCGUUGAAAUAUAAAUUCGAUGAAGCCGCGAGGAGGAAUGAUGUAAAAGCUAUCGUUUUGACUGGCAAAGGUGGGAGAUUUUCUGGAGGGUUUGACAUCAGUGUUAUGCAGAAAGUUCACCAAACCGGUGAUAUUACACUUGUUCCUGAUGUAUCUGUGGAGCUAGUUGUCAACUCAAUUGAAGAUUCGAAGAAGCCUAUCGUUGCAGCAGUAGAGGGACUUGCUCUUGGAGGUGGAUUAGAAUUGGCCAUGGGAUGUCAUGCACGUGUUGCUGCUCCGAAAGCUCAACUGGGCCUGCCAGAGCUGACACUUGGUAUUAUUCCCGGAUUCGGAGGUACGCAGCGUCUUCCAAGGCUUGUUGGAACGUCUAAAGCAGUUGAAAUGAUGCUGACAUCUAAACCAAUCACGUCAGAAGAAGGGCAGAAACUAGGACUUAUUGAUGCUAUUGUAUCUUCUGAGGAGUUACUCAAGGUAUCUAAGCUAUGGGCUCUUGAAAUUGCCGACAAGCGCAAACCUUGGGUUCGUUCACUUCAUAGGACAGACAAACUUGGUUCCGACGCACGUGAGGUGUUGGCAACUGCCAGACAACGUGUCAAGAAAACUGCUCCGCAUUUGCCUCAGCAACAAGCUUGCGUGGAUGUGAUUGAACAUGGGAUACUUCAUGGAGGUUACAGUGGAGUUUUAAAGGAAGCUGAAGUAUUCAAGAAACUAGUCCUGUCUGAAACCGCAAAAGGUUUAAUUCAUGUCUUCUUUGCUCAGCGCACAAUAUCGAAGGUUCCUGGCGUAACUGAUAUUGGACUUAAGCCAAGAAAUGUGAGAAAAGCGGCUGUGAUUGGGGGAGGUCUAAUGGGUUCUGGCAUUGCUACCGCACUUAUACUAGGCAAUAUUCGUGUUAUACUCAAGGAAAUCAAUUCUGAAUAUCUUCAGAAGGGAUUAAAAACGAUAGAAGCAAAUGUCCGCAGUUUAGUAACAAGAAAAAAGCUAACUCAACAGAAGGCAGAGGGAGCUCUCUCAUUGCUUAAAGGUGUUCUUGAUUACACAGAAUUUAAAGAUGUGGACAUGGUCAUUGAGGCUGUAAUUGAAAAAAUCAGUCUUAAACAAGAAAUAUUUAGUGAUCUUGAGAAGAUAUGUCCCCCACAUUGUAUUUUGGCAUCAAACACGUCUACGAUUGACCUUAACGUUAUUGGUGAGAAGAUAAGCUCUCAAGACCGUGUUAUCGGUGCUCAUUUUUUCAGUCCUGCUCACAUUAUGCCUCUUUUGGAAAUUGUUCGAACAAAUAAAACUUCUGCACAAGUUAUUCUUGAUCUGAUCGCAGUUGGUAAAGUCAUACAAAAGUCUCCUGUUGUGGUCGGUAACUGCACUGGCUUUGCCGUGAACAGAACGUUCUUCCCAUAUGCACAAGGUGCCCAUUUGUUGAUCCACUUAGGCGUCGAUGUUUUCAGAAUCGACAGAUUGAUAACCAACUUUGGCCUUCCCAUGGGUCCUCUCCAGCUUCAGGACCUAGCCGGCUACGGAGUUGCUGUAGCAGUUGGAGAAGAAUUUGCCGGUGCAUUUCCUGACCGCACAUUCAAAAGUCCACUGGUUGAUCUUUUGAUCAAAAACGGGCGAAAUGGAAAAAAUAAUGGGAAAGGUUACUACAUUUACGAAAAGGGUAGCAAACCAAAACCCGACCCUUCAGUACUACCAAUCAUUGAGGAGUCUAGAAGAAUUUGCAAUCUUACUCCCAAUGGAAAGCCUGUAUCUGUCUCUGACCGAGAGAUUGUGGAGAUGGUACUCUUUCCAAUAGUGAAUGAGGCUUGUCGUGUUUUAGAAGAAGGAGUUGUAAUUCGAGCAUCUGACCUCGACAUUGCAUCUGUUCUUGGAAUGAGCUUCCCAAGUUAUCGGGGUGGCAUUGUUUUCUGGGCUGAUCUGGUUGGGGCUAAGCAUAUAUAUAGCAGCCUUAAGAAAUGGACACAAUUAUAUGGUAACUUUUAUAAACCAUCAAGGUAUUUGGAAGAAAGAGCAGCAAAAGGCAUUCCUUUGAGUGCACCUGCUUCUUCUAACCCAACAUCGAAGGCGCGCCUGUGA